UCAGAGGGACCCGCAGCCUGGCCUGCGCCCUGUGGAUGCACAGCAGCUCUGAAAGUUGACAUUUUGUUACGUGUUUUGUCGAACACGUUGCUUUAACCUUCUGAGACAAAUUGAGAAAGAUUUUGUUCUACAGCGACUUCUUCUGGGCCUACGAUUGUUGCGUUCAAGGACAUCGAAGCUUCUUCCUGUCACUAUGGGGAUCAAAUCCGCUCUACCCAGAUAUGAGAUCUACUUCUACAACACGGUGCUGUGUCUGGCCAUGGUCUGGGCAGCCGGCUGGAUCUUUGAGGUGUCCAGCUCCAACGCAAACAGGAAGUCAUUCAAAACCAGCGUGAAACCAGGAUGGUACUAUUUCGGGAGGAAAAUGGAAACAGCUGAUUUCGAGUGGAUGAUGUGGUUUUCCACGUUCAGAGCGCACAUCCUGUUCGCCCUGUCGGGUCACGUGCUGUUUGCCAAGAUCUGCUCCAUGCUGGCUCCUCAGUACAGGUCCUUGGUGUACAUGGUGUAUGGAGUCCUGGCCGUGUGGACCAGUAUGGGCUGGACCUACUUGACCCUCACCCUGUCCCACUGCAUCCUGCUCUACAGCAUCUCCCUGGUGAAAAUCCGCUGGCUCUGCUUCGUCACUGGUCUCUGUACCCUCGCCACGUUCAAGUGUGAGCCCUUCGUGUCCUGGCAGGCUGGGUUUGUGUACGGUGACUUUGAGCUGCGCCACGUUCUCUUCUAUGGAGGUUGUGGGUUCACCAUCAUGCGCUGUAUGAGCUUUGCCCUGGAGAACUGUGAAAGGAAAGAUGGAAACUACAGCAUCCUGGAGCUGCUCAAGUACAACUUCUACCUCCCCUUCUUCUAUUUCGGGCCCAUCAUGACCUUUGAUAAAUUUCAUAUUCAAGCAAACAAGUCAGCUCUGACCAGGAAGGAGUGGGAAAUGUGGAACAUCCGUCGGCAGGGCCUGAUCCACCUGGGGGUCAUCAUCGGAGUGGACGUCCUCUUCCACUUCAUGUACAUCCUCACCAUCCCCGCCGACAUGAAGCUGCUCAAACACCUCUCCGACUGGGCCCUAGUGGGCCUGGCAUACUUUAACUUGGUGUAUGACUGGGUGAAAGCAGCCGUCAUGUUCGGAGUCAUCAGCACAGUUUCAAGACUGGAUCAUCUGGACCCUCCCAAGCCGCCAAAAUGCAUCACUAUGCUCUAUAUGUUCUCUGAGACCCACUUUGACAGAGGAAUCAAUGACUGGCUGUGCAAGUAUGUGUACGAUCACCUGGGGGGAAAGCACGACAACGUGGUGGAGGAGCUGGUGGCUUCGCUGUGCACCUUCGGCGUCACCGCGCUCUGGCUGGGCCCCUGCUGGGUGGUGCUGCUCUGGGCCUUCUUCAACUGCUUCGGCCUCAACUUUGAGCUGUGGACGGCCAAAUUCUUCUCCAUGGAGCCUUUUGCUUCUUUGGAGAUGUCGAUGACGGAAGCAAUGUCCCGCAGAAUCAGAGCCGUUGCCAAUACUUUUAACUUCUGGUGCAUCGUCCUGUUCAACAUCCUGGCACUGAACAGUUUGGACUUCGCCAAAUUAGUCGCCAAACGUCUGCUUCUCAAAGGUUUCCCCAUAACCACCAUCAUUGUCAUGUUCAUGACCUACUGCCUGAUUCAGGUGAUAAAGGAGAGAGAAAGAAAGCAGGCCCUCAUCGAUGAUCCUGAUCCUCUUCCUCCGGCCCCAGUUCCCACCACCACCACCUUGACCAGUGCUGCAGCCACACCUGCCGCUGCUCAGCCCGUUGCUGAUCCCAGCAAGGAAAAAGCAGAGUAGAUAUCUGAUGUUCGUCAGAUAAUGAAGGAUGAAGCAGCCAAAAGUAUUAUUAAAGUUUAGUAAUGUCAAACAACUUUAACUGUAAAUAUGUUUGCCAUCAUUUUCGCUGUAUUUAUAACUCAAAUUGAUCAAAAUGAAUAUCGAUGAAAGACAAUCACAUUUGAUAUCUUGUCAUAUUAAACUGGUCCACGACACCUUAGGGAAGUUAAAAUUUAAUGAGAUCUGAAAA